CCAGCCAGACAAAGAAAACCUGCUUUGUUAAUCUGGACCUGCUGCUAUGACCUUUUCUGGAAUUUGGACUGCUCAUUGAGAUUCUAACCCAUAGAAGAGCCCCAAUAUUUGUUUACCACUGCUUUCUUGUCUCUCCUAGUAAGAAUAAUGCCUGACUCACAACCAGGAAGUCACAGGUGCCUAUGGACAUAAUAUAAAGAAAAUAGGGAAAGCUGAGAUUUGAGGUUAUGCCAUAAAUGUUUCCCUCCUUUUCCCCCAUAGGCUUAAUUUAGAAAUAACUAGAUUAAACCUUCUAUUACAACUUUAUAAAUAAAUGUUUUUUCCACAAGUUCAAGAUUGCUUUUUAAUUAUUACAGAAGUUGGGACUAGAUAGGAUAGUAUCUGGUCAAAUGAGGAAAGUAUUUGGCAUGGAUUUCCUUGCAUUCUGAAAGGGAAUGGUAUGGAAUGAGGAGAGUCUAUACGAUUCAUCUUACCGUUUAUAAAAUGGAGAAAACUGAAGCUCCCUUCAAAUGAGUAGGAGGAUGAAAUAAGAUAAAUCAUGAGGAAAAUAUCAGAAAUUGUCUAGUGCUUUUAGAUUCCCAAGAGGAAGAAAACCGAUGGUGCCUGGUUCCCUUUCCUGUUUAAAAAGAUAAAAGACCAGAGGCUGUGAAACGCUCUGCUUGGAUUGGCCCUCUGUAGCCACCGUCCCUAAGCUGGGCUUCAUGUCUCCUAGCAACAAGCUGUGGUCGCACUGAAGGGGCUAGUGCCCAGCUGAUACCUGUCAAGAAACUUAAAUUGUACCGGAAAAGUCCAAAUGGAGCUGUCAAUGCCCCCACCUCAGAUCUAUGUAGAAAAAACUCUGGCCAUUAUCAAACCAGAUAUUGUUGACAAAGAGGAAGAGAUACGAGAUAUUAUUCUCAGAUCUGGAUUCACCAUAGUUCAGAGAAGAAAACUGCAACUUAGCCCUGAGCACUGUAGUAACUUUUAUGUGGAACAAUAUGGGAAAAUGUUUUUCCCCAAUUUAACAGCUUACAUGAGUUCUGGACCACUUGUUGCCAUGAUAUUAGCUAGACAUAAAGCCAUCUCCUAUUGGAAAGAACUUUUGGGACCAAGUAAUAGCUUAGUAGCUAAGGAGACACACCCAGACAGUCUAAGGGCAAUCUAUGGCACAGAUGACCUAAGGAAUGCACUUCAUGGGAGUAAUGAUUUUGCAGCAGCAGAAAGAGAAAUUCGGUUCAUGUUUCCUGAAGUGAUUGUUGAGCCCAUUCCAGUUGGACAGGCUGCUAAGGACUAUUUAAAUUUGUAUGUAACACCAACUCUGCUAAAAGGACUCACAGAGCUUUGUAAGCAAAAGCCAGCAGAUCCUUAUAUUUGGCUAGCUGAUUGGUUGCUGAAAAAUAAUCCCAACAAACCUAAACUUUGUCACCAUCCAGUUACAGAAGAAUCUUAUUAAAGUCUUCAAAGAACAGAUCAUGAUAUAGCUUAUAAAAAGCAUACAUAUACUUUUAAAAAAUCAUAUUUCCUUAGGGUUUAAGUAACUAUAUGUGAAAUAAAUUAU